AUGCUGCUCCCUCCGGUUUCUGAGUUCAUUGCUGGUGCUCUAAGAAAGGGCAUAAACAACAGUGACAAAAAUCCAAUACCCAGUUGCAAUGAUGUAUAUAUGAAUGAUUCAAAUAGUGAGGAGAGCAAUAAGAAGCCAACAUCCAGUUCUAAUAGUACAAUAGGAAUCUCUAAUGGACUGAAAGUAGGAUUAGAGCACAUUUCACAGUCUUACCAACCGCAAAUUGGUUUUGUGAAUCCAUCUAACAUCUUGCUAGAAUAUCAACUUCAGAAUGCACCACUUCAACAACAUUUUCAGAGCCAAUAUCCCCUACAGUCAGUUCCAAAUCAGUCAGUUCCAAAUCAGUCAGUUCCAACUCAGUCAGUUUCAAUUCAGUCAGUUUCAACUCAGUCAGUUUCAACUCAGUCAGUUUCAACUCAGUCAGUUUCAACUCAAUCGAGCCCCAACAUUAUGCAAGGACAAAGAAUAUUAGAAUUUAGCCCAUAUCAAGGGAGAGUCGGACAAGUUUACAAUUUGCAGGCUUCAGUCGAAGGAUUGUACCGCAAUCAAAUCGGUCUCUGUCAAAAUGUCCUUUAUGUUGAAGCUGGUCCCUCUAUGCCAGCACAAUUUAUUCAACCAAGAUCUACAAUGCUUGACAUUUAUAGAAAUCAGCUUCCCCCAGUCAUGUUGGAAAACCCCUGCGUCUUGAGUGGUAGUUCGUCAGUUGAUCUGAUACUUCUGCCACAGGUAGAUACUAUACUCGAUUUACAGAAGAAAAACAGGAGGAUACGAAGAAAGCAUAUAUUUUACAGGAGAUCAAGAUCUGGAUGCUUCACAUGCAAGAAAAGAAAGGUGAAAUGCGACGAAGGAAAGCCGGGCUGUAGGAACUGUUGGAAAUCUAACAGAAUCUGUGAAGGAUACCCAGAAAAAUAUACUGAGGACAAGAGCAAGAGCAUUCCUCAGAUAAAUUACAUGAAAGAUCACAAUGAACACGGUAACAGUCCUAAAGUAUAA